AUGAGUAGUAUUAGCAACCAUACUCAUCAUCAAAUCCCAACACCAACAACACCUACUACCACAAAAGGUAACGGCAACGCCCAAGCUUGCGCUGCUUGCAAAUACCAACGCAGGAAGUGCGCUCCUGAUUGCAUUCUCGCCCCUUUUUUCCCUCACGAUCGCCAACGCCAGUUCCUCAACGCUCAUAAAUUGUUUGGCGUCAGCAACAUCACAAAAAUUAUCAAACACCUUAAUCCAUCCGACAAGGAAGAGGCCAUGCGCACCAUCAUCUUCCAGUCUGAUAUUCGAGCCAACGAUCCUGUUGGCGGGUGCUACAGAAUCAUUCGGGAGCUGCAGCGUCUCAUCGAGUAUAACAAGGCGGAGCUCGACAUUGUUCUUCACCAGCUAGCCAUAUGCAGAGCACAAGCACAGCAGCAGCAGCAACAGAACCACAUUCAAAUCCCCGAAGUUGGAGAUCAGAAUUCAUGUGAUCAGUUGAUUAAUAUGGACCCUUUGAGUUUUUACAACAACCAAGUUGCCCAUUACCAUUAUGUUCAGCCUCAUCCUCAUGCAUUGCCUGCUGUGCAACAAGAACAGCAGCAACAAGAAGUGCCCUAUGUGCUUGUUCAAAAUAACAACAUUAAUAGCCCUAAUAGUAAUAGCAAUAACAAUAAUAAUAACCCACAUCAGCAUUUGCAUGAAGAUAUGAACAUGUGGGCCAUGCAAGAUUCUAUGUCUUCAUUGGAUAUCAAGCAUGGUGGUGGUAUGAAUGCCAAUGAUUGUGAAGAUUUGAAGUCCUUUGUUGAGAUUCCUUGUGAUGAUGAUCAGAGAAAUGGGGAGGUCAGGUUCCAGCCUGAGGAUAUUGGUGAUCAUCAGCAGAGGGAGAGUUGGGUUAGAUUCAAGGGUAAAGUUUUAUCGCUUGAGUUAGAAGCCCCUACAUGA